CUGCGAUUCGGUUAAUUUUGGCAGACUGUUUGGAUAUCCAGGGGGGAUACGCAUCGAUGGUUUAAUAAUAAUAUUAUUGUUUUAUUAUCGUGUUGUCACGUAUAGUCGAACGAAAACAAAAAAACACGAACAAUAGAGCAAUUAUUAUCUAUAAUAUCUUCCGCCCAAUCAAUUAACGCAACACACAAUUUUAAACAAUUUGAAUAAUUAUUCGUCAAUUGGUAAUGCUCAGUCAGUUUUAAUUUUCAUUAUUAUAAUAACGUUUUGUAUAAAAUAAAUAUCCCAAUUUCACCUAUUUCAAUGACAGCAGUCUGCUGGUGAUUUGGGUUUUACUAGUAAAAUCUUCCUUUGAGGUUUAACUAUACCUAGUCAAAAUCGUGAAAAUGUCUAUGAACGGCAAAGAAACUUCAUUUACAUCAUCGGACGCCAGAAAUGAGAAAAUCACUGCUGCAAAAAUGCCCUAUAAGAGCUACAGACCUAGGUCUGUGUCUACAUGUUCAACAGAUUCAUGUAGUUCUGCAAGCUUGUCUGAAGAUGAUACUCCAGUUAGGUCUAAAAAACAACAAAAUAGUUCUGGAUUUAGUGAUUUUUGCAUUAAAGAUAUUAGGCUCAAAGACUUUGGAAGGCGUGAAAUUGAAUUUGCUGAACAAGGUAAUGAACAAUAUAGUUAUGCAUAUUAUAUAAGCUAGAUAAUAAUUAAAAAUAUUUUUAAUUGUCAUUUAUUUAUACAUUAAAAUCUUUGGUA